AUGACAAAACCGAGGGACUUUAUUGCCACUUUACUGAAGGAUGCCCUCGCACAAAAUGAACAACCGAUGAUUGACAGAGCUCACAGAACUCUACGACAGCGUCCGAGGCCAUCUGAGCCCCCACGUCCCUUUGUUAUACGCAUUCACCACUAUCACGUUUUGGAAGAGAUCCUUCGCAAAGCGGCCACGAUUAAAAACCUCCAAUAUCAAGGCAAAACUAUACGAAUCUUCCCCGACUACCCUCCCACAGUGGUUAAGCGAAGGGCCCUAUUCAACAGAGCAAGACAAGUACUACGCAAUCAACCAGACGUCAGAUAUGGCCUGCUCUACCCUGCAAGACUCCUGGUGACACACAACGGCUCCCAGCUAUCCUUCACCGACCCACAGAAGGCUGAGGAGUAUGCUGAACGUCUCACGGGCUCGGCGCGUCCCCAGAUGGUAGAAGCAAUGUGA